AUGCUACCUAUUCCUAUUGGUGACCUUGUUCCAGUUGGUGAUGAGCAUUGGGAAAACUUUCUCCGCCUUCUUCAAAUAGAGGAGAUCAUUUUUGCUCCCAAGACAAGCAAUCAGCUGGCAGCAUAUCUUGCGGUUCUAACUGAGGAGUACCUUACUGGAUUCAGUGAACUUUAUGAUAGGCGAAUGAUCCCGAAGCAACACUAUAUGGUUCACUAUCCAAGGCAGAUUGUAAGGUAAAUAAAAGGAGUGAAACAUUUUUCAACUAUAGAUAGAGAAAAAACCGUGAUGAUGGAGAAACCCAUGGGAUUUUUCUUAUAUGGAUUUUUUGUAUAUGUUACAGGUCAAAUGUGAUUUCAUGUUAACUUUUUUGGCCUAGGUUGAUUCUCAAUUUCCUUUGUCUCCUAGCCCUAAUUCAUGAAAAAUUAGGGCUAGGAAAUCUUGGUUAGGAGUUCUUGUGAUUCAGAUACAUUUCUUACUUACUAAAUAGGAUGUCACUUUCAUUAUUGUGUGGUCUACUGCGACAAUAAAAACUGAGAAUGUGAAUGUCUUAAUUUUUUGGCAGAAGAGGACCGCUUGUGAGGAAUUGGGCCAUGCGAUUUGAGGCUAAGCACAAUUACUUUAAGAAGCUGAUUGAGAGAAUUAAUAACUUUAAGAAUAUCAGUUAUUCUUUGGCAAGGCGCCAUCAAGCCCUCCAAGCAUAUUUGCUUCAGUCCUCA